AUGGCCGAAUCAAAAUCGCCGGCUUUGUCAAGCAAACAAGAGCCCGACGUCGCACAACAACCGCCUCCGACAACAAACCCGGAACCACAAGGGCAGAGAGAGACGUCACAAACGUCGCCCGGAAUACCUUCGGUAUCCAAUAUUCCAAUAGAUGCUCAGCAGGUGGCACCGCCACCUCAAGACCCCUUAGCAAGGACCCCAGAGCCAGUGGUCACAACUGGAAACGAUAGAACCCCACGGCCGCAGGACGUGACUAUGGGAGGAACGGAUAUUGAUCCUAAUGCUAGUACAGAAGGAAACAAUGGCCUGGCAAAUGGGACGAAUUCUGAUCCGAUCGCGCCCCCGACAAAAAAACACACAAGCUUGAGAGAGUUCUUGGGACAAAUGGAUGAAUAUGCUCCUAUUAUCCCCGAUGCUGUCACAGCUCACUACCUAACUAUCGCCGGUCUCCCACCUCCAGGAAACGGACCAAACCAGACACCACCUCAUCUUGCUCGCCUCUUAGCCCUCGCAACACAGAAGUUUAUCGCCGACAUCGCCGCAGACGCUUACCAGUACUCUCGCAUCCGUGCCUCUAAUAGCUCCACAUCAAACAACCCCAUGGGCGCAAUCAACGUAACAGCUGGUCUCAAUGUAGCCGCAAACCAGACUGGAAAUAUUGCUGGUGCUGGGGGUCAAGGCUCGACUGGCGAGCAGCAAGGAAAAGGAAAAGGCGGGACAAGUGGGAUGCAUUUAGGUGUUCAAAGAUCUGGCUUUGGUGGUGGUGGUCAGGGCAGUGGCCAAGGCAAGACUGUACUCACAAUGGAAGAUCUAGGUAUGGCCGUAGCGGAGUAUGGGGUCACCGUGAAGCGAGGGGAAUUUUAUCGUUGA